CGGGCGGGGCUCAUCUCCCGUCUGCACGCGUUGAACUGCUCCAAACCUUAACUUGUGUUUGCCAUCUGUAAAGAAGGACCUGCGACCCUGCUCACGGUGUCUGGACGUCGACUGCACUCGUUUGCUCUCUACAGUUUGACUUUUUUUUUUAUUAUUCGAGGAGCUGGCCCUGUCCUGGAAGAACUUUUUUUCAUGCCCUCCCGCAGAAAACAUACAAGGGUGUUCUGACCUCUCCCCCGUGACCCGUGGACCCCGGUCAACCUUGUUCCCUUUCCCAUCCCUCUCCUGACGCCUGUGAGACAUGGCUCUAAAAAGGCUCCUGCGUUUCGGGAAGCAGUUGCUGAGGGUGAAGGUGGUGAACUGCAACUCGGAGGACUCGCGUCUGUCCCGCUGUCUGAACACGUUCGACCUGGUGGCGCUGGGCGUGGGCAGCACGCUCGGCGCUGGCGUCUACGUGCUGGCGGGCGCCGUUGCGCGGCAGAACUCGGGUCCUGCUAUCGUGCUGUCUUUCCUCAUCGCGGCCUCGGCCUCAGUGUUGGCUGGUCUCUGCUAUGCUGAGUUUGGAGCCCGUGUUCCCAAGACGGGUUCAGCCUAUCUUUACUCCUACGUGACUGUAGGAGAGCUCUGGGCCUUCAUCACGGGAUGGAACCUCAUCCUCUCCUACGUCAUUGGUACCUCCAGCGUGGCCCGGGCGUGGAGCGCCACCUUCGACGAGUUGAUAGGGAAGCACAUAGAGAACUUCUGCAGGGAAUACAUGUCCAUGAACGCCCCGGGGAUAUUGGCAGAGUAUCCAGACAUGUUUGCUGUUUUAAUCAUCAUCACCCUCACAGGUCUGCUGGCCUUCGGGGUCAAGGAGUCUGCGAUGGUGAACAAGGUUUUUACCUGUAUCAACAUCCUGGUCUUGUUGUUCAUGGUGAUCUCAGGCCUGGUCAAAGGGACUUUCAAGAACUGGCAGCUGGACCCUGAUGAGAUCCUCAGUCACAAUUAUACCAUUAACUCUGUCAACCUGACAGAAACCAUACCAAGCAAAGAGAGUUUAGGAGCGGGUGGAUUUAUGCCCUUUGGUUUGUCGGGCGUCUUGUCUGGAGCUGCGACCUGUUUCUACGCCUUUGUCGGGUUCGACUGCAUCGCUACUACAGGUGAAGAGGUGAAGAACCCGCAGAGAGCCAUUCCCAUCGGCAUCGUGUCCUCGCUGCUCAUCUGCUUCGUCGCGUACUUCUGCGUCUCCGCCGCCCUCACCCUUAUGAUGCCGUACUACCUGCUGGACACCAACAGCCCCCUGCCUGUAGCUUUCAAAUAUGUGGGCUGGGCGGGGGCCAAAUAUGCUGUAGCUGUAGGGUCUCUCUGUGCUCUGUCCACCAGCCUGCUGGGCGCUCUGUUCCCUCUGCCUCGGUUGUUCUGGGCUAUGGCCGACGAUGGGCUGCUUUUCAAGUUCAUGUCUGGGAUCAGCCCACGCACCAAAACCCCGCUUAUUGCAACUCUCACCUCUGGCAUAGUAGCAGCGAUCAUGGCCUUCCUGUUCGACCUGAAGGACCUGGUGGACCUGAUGUCGAUAGGGACGCUGCUGGCCUACACGUUGGUCGCUGCCUGCGUGCUGGUGCUCAGGUACCAGCCGGAUCAGCCCUGCCCGGUGUACCACGUGGCAAACACCCAGGAGGAGGCGGAGGUGGACGGCAUCAGCGUCCCCAGUAUGGGCAUCCUGCCCGGCGUGGAGGAGCGCUUCAGCUUCAGGACGCUGCUGUUCCCACAGAACCCGGAGCCGUCGGCGCUGUCGGGCUCCGCGGUCAACCUCUGUGCCUCUGCCAUGGGAGUGCUGAUCCUGCUGUUCAGUAUAGCGGCGGUGCAGGGGGGGGGCGCCUGGUGGAACAUCGCAGGCCUCAGCGUCAUUUCUCUGGCGUGUCUCGUCCUCACCUUCAUCAUCUGGAGGCAGCCUGAGAGCAAGACAAAGCUCUCCUUCAAGGUUCCUCUGCUGCCCUUCAUUCCAGUCAUCAGCAUGUUCGUCAACGUCUACCUGAUGAUGCAGUUGGACAGAGGCACUUGGAUACGAUUUUCAGUCUGGAUGGUUCUAGGUUUGAUCAUCUACUUCUGCUACGGGCUUCAUCACAGCACCGAGGCGUCUCCGGUCCACUCGUCCAUGGACACAGAGAUGAACAGCUUCAAGCCCGACCAGGAAUCAGAAAGCAUGUCUCCAGAGAAGGAGGCCUUCCUCCACCAUGGGAUUAAUGCCAGGGAAGAGGACGACAGGGACUUGUAGAGCGUGUGUGUGUGUGUGUGCAUUUGAACCUUCCCCGAAGCCACAGGACUCUAUGCAGGGGAAAAGUAACGCUACGCAACUCUGACCUAACAUAAAACCUGAGACUUUCCCUCAGCUGCAGCUUUAAACAAAGACAACCGGUUAUUAUAGUAAGAGAUGGAAAUCUGUAAUCAACCAUCCGCUUCUUACGCCUGUGCUUGUUAUCUCUCGCUUGUCUGAAGGGGAGCUCGUACUGGGGACACGAAACACUUCUGUUUCCUAAAUAGCAGGAGACUGUGACGUGUGGUGGUGGCUUCAUGCUGGUGGGGGUUCCUUCUCCGGGACGUAACGUCGCUGGCCUCGUUCUGUAACAGCUGGCGUCUGGAUGGUCUUUAGCAGUGGUCUUUCCUGUUAAAUCAUUGUAAAUAUCUAAAUAAUGCUGAUAAGAAGCCACGCAGCAGUAUUAAAUGCAGAUCUCUAUCAGUUCUCUCUGACUAAUUGGAGCCUCCACGUCUCACACUGCACCACUGGGCUUGUCAAUGAUAGAAUCACCCCGGUCUGUUGACCAGGCAACGGCUGCACGUAUAUUUAGACCAGCAGGAAGCUGCUUCCUACAGGUUCCCUGGGACUAAUUGUAAGUCUGAAGUGUUACAUUGAUACUUUCCCAGUUUGUAUUAAACAUUCUUAUCAUUUUGAGGCGACCUCAUCGAAAGGUCAACGAUUUAUGAAAACCCAAAGCCUUAAAGAAAUGUUUCUCGCUAACAGGCUGUGUAAUGUGCCUAAGUAUUUUUUUAACAGAAAUCCGUUAAUAAAAUACACUAAACAGUGGUUUCACAGUGCUGGCUGCUGUGUUUUUGCAUCUGUGACAUCUAACGUUUGGUUUAUUUCUUCCAAAACUAAUACUGGAUUUGAUGUGAAUUUAUUUUACUGUUCAUCUUUAUGAAGUUUUUGGUUUCAGCUCUUCCUUCCCAUGUGUCUUUCAGUCUAUGUAUAACAUUAAGCCUUUUGCGAUUAAGUAAAAACCUGUAAAGGAUUUUUUCAGGUAGAUUUUGACUACCUGCUUUUUGUUGUUAUCAUUUUUUAGUUUGUUGUUUUAGUUUUGCUUCCCUAGCAUUGUUGGAAUCACUGUUCACCAGAGAACAUGCUUUUCCUUGUCAAAACCUUGUGCCUGCUUUACCCCCCUCACAACUCAACCACAAACAGUGUGGUCAGAGACUCAGGUAUGUUAUGUAUAUAGUGACUAAUAUAAACCCAAGCUGGUAGUUUCCAGCAAAAACUGAGAAGCAGAUGACUGAUGUCAGGAAAUCUUUAUCUUCAGCCAAUGUACAUCACAUCACUCAAAGCUUUCUAUUUCAUCAAUGCAUUGAUUAAAACUAAUUGUAUUUGCACAUAUCAAUCAUUUGCCGUAUGCCUGUAGAGGCCAUAUUGUGCACUAUUUCUGAUUACUUUGAUUAUUAUUAUUAAUACAACAACAGAAUUUAUGUAAAAACUAUCAAUAUGGAAUCAAAGUGUACAGUGAAAUGUAUUUUCACCUUCAUUUUCAUGAAUGUAAUCUAAUUUAGCCAAAAUAAGUUCAUUUUAUUCAAAAUUAGCAAGGUGAAAAUUAUUUGCAUAACAGAAAAUCUUGUUCUAUUUACAUUACAGAGGCAGGGAAAUUUCAUUUGAAAUGUCUCUGGUUCCUAUGUGAUGUUUUCCACACAAGUCUCCACUGAUCACAUCCUGAUUGUUUCAUUUCAGAUCUAUUAGUAGCAUAAUAUACCCUAUAAGUGUCUUGUCCUGGUUUUGGGAGCUGUUUACCAUAAAUAAUCAAGACUGUGUGUGUGUAUAUAAAUAAGAUGUGUAUAUUUUUAACAGUUUUUGCAGCCUGUUCCUUUUGUGUGUAAUAGUGAUUAACUUGUAUUGUGUUUACAUAAUUAGUGCAACUAAAACAUUGUUUUCUUAUGUUUGGCCUGAACCUAAGCCGAUAAUGUCUUAUUAGAAAAAUGCAUUUGAUUUCAGAUGGUGGGAUAUUGGCAGAUGUGUUCCACAGGCUCCUGAUAGAGCUGCCUUUGUGUUGCUAUGACUCGUGAUGUUACAUUAUUGCUUCAAAUAUAACUUCUUACAAAUAUACUUUAUGAACUGUCCAACAGGUUCUGUUUAUUUGUGGACACACAUUUUCCAAAAUCACAGAUAUGCCUACUCUCAUCUCAAGAAAACAUGAAAUUAUUGUAAAUAUUUACAGUUAUUAUAGUCCAUCAUUGUGACAUGCUCAAAUGCAUAUUUGCUGCUUGUUGUGACAAUAAUAAUGGUAAUAUAUAAUCUACAUCAACUGUAAUUUUGCUCUGAUGUACUUGUACAUUUAGUUAAACACACAAAAGGCA